UCUUGCAGUAUGAGAUGUACACUAUUGAGAGGAAUGCUGAAAGGACAGCAUCUGCGGGCAGGCUGCUCUACGACAUGUUUGUGAAUUUUCCAGACCAACCUGCUGUAUGGAGGGAGAUCAGCGUUAUUACAUCAGCAUUAAGGAAUGACUCGCAGGAUAAGCAGACACAAUUUUUAAGAGGAUUAUUUGAAACCCUUCCUGGUCGGGUCCAGUGUGAAAUGUUACUGAAGGCCACAGAACAGUGUUUUAACACAUUAGAAAGGGCAGAAAUGCUACUACUACUUCUGCGACGUUUCCCAGAGACUGUGGUGCAACACGGGGUAGGCCUUGGAGAAACAUUAUUAGACGCUGAAAGUAUUGAAGACCAAGAAUCCCCAGUGAAUUGUUUUAGAAAAUUAUUUGUUUGUGAUGUUCUUCCUCUAAUAAUUAACAACCCUGAUGUUCGACUUCCUGCCAGCUUAUUAUAUAAAUAUCUGAAUAAAGCAGCGGAAUUUUAUAUUAACUAUGUAACUAGAUCUACACAGACAGAAAGCCAAUAUCAAGGUUCACAAGAUUCCUCUGAUAUUAUGUCUCCAAGCAAGCGUAGCUCUCAGAAAUAUGUAAUAGAUGGUCUCACAGAGAAGUCAUCCCAGAUUACAGAUCCUUGGGAGAGGCUAUUUAAAAUAUUGUCUGUGGUGGGAAUGAGGUGUGAAUGGCAAAUGGACAAGGGAAGAAGAAGUUUUGGUGAUAUUUUGCACCGAAUGAAAGACCUCUGCAGGUACAUCAGUAACUUUGAUAGUGAUGCACAUGCGAAAUACAAGAAUCAAGUUGUGUAUUCCACGAUGUUGGUCUUCUUCAAAAAUGCAUUCCAGUAUGUCAGCAACAUCCAGCCAUCGCUCUUUCAAGGUCCAAAUGCUCCAAACCAAGCCCCACUGGUUCUUCUUGAGGAUGUGACCAACAUCUAUGGUGAUACAGAUAUUGAUCGUAACAAACACAUACACAAAAAGAGGAAACUUGCCGAAGGAAGAGAAAAAACAAUGAGCUCAGAUGAUGAGGAUCCUUCUGGGAAGGCACGAAGUCGCCAUAUUACAGUAAACAAGGCAGAUCUUGCAAACUCUAUUGAAGUAUUAGAGAGCUUUAAACUGGCAAGAGAGAGCUGGGAGCUGCUCUAUUCUCUGGAAUCACUCGACAAAGAGUUCACCAGAAUUUGUUUGUCAUGGAAGACAGACACCUGGCUUUGGUUAAGAAUCUUUCUUACAGACAUGAUCAUCUACCAGGGGCAGUACAAAAAAGCAAUUAGCAGCCUACAUCACUUGGCAGCUCUUCAGGGCUCUCAUUCUCCACAGCAGAUUACAGGACAAGGAUCACUAGAAAACCAGAGAGCGCUAAUCCAGUUAGCAACGUGCCACUUUGCGCUUGGAGAAUAUCGGCAAACAUGCGAAAAAGUGCUUGACCUCAUGUGCUGUAUUUUACUUCCAGUACAAGAAGGAGGUAAAAUACAAGAGGAGCAACCUAAAGUAAAGUCUAAAUUCAGGAAAGGGUCUGAUUUGAAGCUUUGGCCAUGUACCAGUAGAGCUAUCAUGCCUUACUGCCUUCAUCUGUUAUUAGCUUGUUUCAAGCUCAGAGCUUUCACAGACAGCAGAGAUGAUAUGGCGCUGGGCCACGUAGUUGUUCUGCUUCAGCAUGAGUGGCCGAGGGGUGAGAACUUGUUCCUGAAAGCCAUCAACAAAAUCUGCCAACAAGGAAACUUCCAGUAUGAGAAUUUUUUCAACUAUGUCACAAAUAUUGAUAUGUUGGAGGAAUUUGCUUAUUUAAGAACACAGGAAGGAGGGAAAAUUCAUUUGGAACUGCUGCCAAAUCAAGCAAUGUUGAUCAAGCAUCAUACAGUUACCCGGGGUAUAACUAAAGGAGUGAAAGAAGAUUUCCGCCUGGCCAUGGAGCGCCAGGUCUCACGCUGUGGGGAAAAUCUCAUGGUGGUCUUGCAUAGGUUCUGCAUUAAUGAGAAAAUACUGCUGCUUCAGACUUUUGCUUGAAUGGACUGGACCAUGACGCAAUGUCUCUUACAGAGAGCGGGGAAGGCUCUUGAUUGUGUGAACAGCAGCGUGGCAGUGGAAAAUUACUUGUCCAGAGAGUCAAAGAAGUUCCCUAUGAGUUACAGGUUCUGCAAUACACAAACACUACUCAGUGUUUGUUCACCGCUUAGUUUUCUUAUGUGGGUAGAUCAAACUUUAUAAAUAAAACUUUGUUUAAGAAGUC